AUGGACACCCCAAAGCAUACGUGCUUGAAGCUGGACGCCAAACCCGAACCCUUAUUCGUGAAGGGGACGUGGUACCCGACCCGCUUCGACAUUGCCAUAACCGACGGCCUCCAAGCUUGGGUUUGCCACGCUACCGAGGAGGAGGUGAAUGAGAGGGCGUCAUCUUGGGACCAAACGGUGUCGGAUUACAUCGACUUCGCCGAGAGGUAUCUCGGGUUUCAGCAGCGCGGGUCGGUUUACGGGUUCUCGGAUGCUGGAAAUGGAUACAAACGGUUAACAUUUACAUUUGAGAAGGAAGGCACGAAACUCGAGUGGCGUUGGAAAUGCCAACCUUCGCCCGAUAGCAGGAAAACAGCAGCUGAGGUUUUGGAUUUCCUUAUGGAUGCAAACAUUAAAUUGAGUGAAGAAGUUGUGUGGAAAACACAAUCGUUCGACAGGCUCAAACAAGAGGCUGAAAAAUGUUUAGCGCAAAGUGAAAAACUCAGUUGUGAGAAAUCUGAGUAUGAAUCUGAAAUAUUUGAGAAGUUUGUUAAUGUGUUGAACUCCAAGAAAGAAAAACUCAGGGAGCUUCGUGACCGGCUCUCCAAACGAGACUCCUCCCAUCAGUCACCGGAGCAUGAAGACGAGGAAGAUGGUUCGACAGAUAAGACUGAGAGCUUUUACGAAGAAAGUGAUGACGAGGAAGAUAAGAAUAACGGUGGUUCCUCUAAAGAUGUCUCGUCUAGUAGCAAGCCUCGUGGUAGAAAAAGGAAAUAA